UUUAUUCUCCACCAGCUGAACCAAUGCUUGCUGCCCAAGUCUAUCUGUGUCUACACCAGAGCCCGACGUCCUUGCUGGACUGAGCCUCCUUGGAAGCUGUCUCUCACCUCCUUUGUCCCCACCCUCUGCAGAAAUCUGAAGAUUCCCACAGACACCCUCAACUUCUUCCAGAACCACAGUGUCUUGAGCCCGAGUCAACACUAGGAAUUAGAAUGCUGGCUGCGCUAUCCCCACCCCGCACAACCAAUCUCCUUCUCUUCCAUUCUUACUAACCAGAGCCAUUUCGAUCCUUGGGGUUUUCCCCGACAGAUCAGGGCAACUUCAGAAUCGUGGCCCUCCUAGAAAGAUCCCUACCUCCUUGGGGAGAAGUAGCCCCUAUCAUGGCUGUAGACACACAAAGAGGAACUCUGUGCUUCAGACAUGGAAGUUCUCAAAGAAGGAGUCAUCCUCCCCUGCACCUAGCUAAACUGCCAGGACCCAGUCAGGCAUCCCCUUUUGGGCCUGAGGGCCAACUCCCAAUCCUGAAAAACCUGUCUGGGGGCCCUCCCUGAGGCUACAGUGUCCUGGCAAGUUGAACUGGAUUCCCAGCAGCCCCUCCUACCUCAAGACAAAAUCAGCCACCCUGGGGCAGGGCCUCAUUGGCCUCAGGAAGCCCCAGCUUGUUCCAGGAUCCAGCUCCCAGCGCAGUAUGACCUCCACGCUGCCUGUCCAGACCUUGCCCUUGUUUCUGGGUCUCCUGAUUGUCCUGGCUCCGGGGGCUGCAGACUUCAACAUCUCAAGCCUCUCUGGGCUGCUAUCUCCAGCAUUAACAGAAAGCCUGCUAGUUGCCUUGCCCCCAUGUCACCUCACGGGAGGUAAUGCCACACUGACGGUCCGGAGAGCCAACGACAGCAAAGUGGUGAAGUCAGUGUUUGUGGUGCCUCCAUGCCGUGGGCGCAGGGAGCUAGUGAGCGUGGUGGACAGUGGGGCUGGCUUCACCGUCACGCGGCUCAGCGCAUAUCAAGUGACAAACCUAACCCCAGGAACUAAAUACUACAUUUCCUACCAAGUGCAGAAGGGGACGUCCACCGAAUCCAGCCCAGAAACCCCGAUGUCUACGCUUCCUCGUAAGAACAUGGAGUCUAUCGAGUUAGGAAUGGCCAGGACGGGCGGCAUGGUAGUCAUCACAGUGCUCUUGUCGGUCGCCAUGUUCCUGUUGGUCGUGGGCCUCGCCGUUGCCCUGGGACUGGGUGCCCGAAAAUGAGGAGGGCUCUCCUGCAUCACGGGCUCCUCCAACAAGUUCAGCCUGCCUUUCCCCAGGAUUCAACUGGUUUUCUCCAGUGCCUUUUCUUCCUUCUUCGUGCCUCCCUCCACUAAGUCCUUUCCUAAGCGUCCCUCUCGCUCCCUGCCAUGCACUGCCAUUGCCAUCCUG